GAGACCAGCAGUUUACUGCUGUAAGUGGGGAAGCCAAGAAAGAGAACAUGGAUCUACAAGAAGAGAUUUCUGAGCUGAAAGAGACUUUGAGGAAGGCUGUGGAUGAGCUCUCAUAUCAAGCCAAGAGAUUCUGUAGAAGACCUGAGGAGGCAGUCCCUACAGACUGGACAUCUGACUGUACUGAAGUAGCUGCUCUUAGUCGUCCAUUGAAUCUUGGAAUGUUGUAUGACUGCUGCAGUGAUUCAUUCUUCUCAGAUCAGUUUCUGUGGGAUGAGGGUGUUAUAUCCUCUUUGAGACUGUCUCUGCCUUGGCCACACACAGAUGUGAGGGUUUUAGUGGGAGACUCAUUGCAGGAAAGAUUCAGAGCUCUGGAUGUGUCUCUUCCUUUAAGAGCCACUGUUUUGUCUGGACUUAUUGAAGUGGGUGGAGCUGCUGGGUAUCUUAACCACACCCCUCGAUCCCUACAGCAGGACCAUGUCACUCUGCACUACAGAGCCACUUCCAGACUGGAAAUGCUCAGCCAAAGCCUGAUCCAAGGUCAAGCUCCUCUCCGACUGACCAAUCAAAACAAAGCUACGCAUGUGGUCAUGGCAGUGCUCUAUGGAGCUCAAGCUUUCUUUGUCUUUAAAAAGGACAGUGACAGCAGUGAUGAAAAUGGAGGCCUGGAAAAUGUAAUAAAGAAGAUGACUUCAUCCUUCAGUGCAGUGAAGGAAGAAGUCCUGUUUGGAUCCUGUUUGACUGAAAGUGAGCGAUUAAACACUUUGCUCUAUGACUGUGUUCUAUACAGUGAUGUGGGUGAUUUCAAGAGUCCCAUGAACUUUGAAACUGCAGUGAAAGUCUACAAGUCCUUCCCAAAGCUACUCGGAUCCCAAGGUGACAUUGCAGUCCCUCUGAAGGUCUGGUUGUGUCCUCUGAAAAAUAUUGACCCAACUUUUGUUCGGGUAGUGAGGGAAAUCCGUGAUGACUUGUUGCACAGAGCAGUGAAUGUUGUAGAACAGUUGAGGAAUGGGAUCAGGAUGUCUAAGUAUUUGAUGGAUGAGUCCUCCAGUCUUAGUGUGAUGGCAUGGUUCCCUAUUCUGCAGAAGAAACUCACUCAAUUUUACGAACUUCUAAAGCAGUAUCAAUCAGAGUUCCAGGGAGCUUUAGCCACUAGCAUACAGACCAUACGAGAGGGAGGAAAGGAAGGAGAAGAGAAUCUUAGAGACAUGCUUGAGAGGAAUGAUCGGUCUCCAUUCAGUCCCCAGAAUGUACAACAGUGGAUCCAUAACAAACAGACAGAAAUCAAGGCUUUGAAUGACUGCAGAGAUGCCAAUAUCACCAUUAUAAAAUCACACAAGCAGUUGAAUCAAAUCAUAAGAGAUCCACAAACAAACAGGGUGCUCUGUUUUGCUCUUACCUCACUAGAGAGAAAAGAUCCAUUCCUUAAAGUGCUGACUCAGUACAUCCAUUUGGUAAACAGGUUCUCAAUGGAUAGAUUUUAUACAACACAUCCAUUCAAACUCCCAGACUGGUCACAGAAGAUACUCUCAGAUCUACAAUUAUUCAAAACUUCCAAAGACAACAAUGAGGAUUCAGAGACCACAAAGUACAUUGCCACAUCUACAGCUAAUGAUGUCUUCCUUGGAUCCUCCAUUUUGCUUUACCAAGCUGGCAGUGUUGUUAGCCAGUGUAUAAACCUUGGAGUAAAACCAGAUCCAGCAGUAACAAUACAGACAAAACAAACAAGUGUCACAGUGAGACUACAAAAAACACAGAACUUAAUCACUGAGAGAUACAGAAUUGAGUACAGAGCUGUAAGCAGUGGUGCUGCUGCCCCUAGGACUAAAGCCUGGGAUUCUGUUUACGUCUCUAGUCCUGAGGGAACUUAUACAUUAUUUGGUUUAAAAGCAGGAAGCAAGUAUGAGCUCAGAUACUCCGUUAUCCAUGAUGGCAGAAUGAGUGACUGCAGCAGAAUCAUUACAUUUCAGGCUCAGCCAAGACUCAGGCCUGGACAGCCUAAAGCAAGAAGGCUGAACAAAUCUACCAUCAGUUUAGACUGGCAGAGGCCUGAAUCUGAGGAGGGUUCACCUGUUCUCUACUACAUGGUUUGGUGUAAAGAAGCUGGAUUGGAUAGAUGGUCCUCUAAACAAACAGAGGGACCUCAGUGUGAAUGUACUGUAACUUUCCCUCACAGUGCUUGCUACAGAGUCAGAGUCUCUGCUGUCUAUGGAGAGGGAGACACCAGUGAACCCAGUGAGGAAACAGACAUCCCUGUGGAUGUCUGGUAUAUAGACCUGACAGAGAGAAAGGCCUCCCUGUUCUUAGAAGUGCUGAAGCUCCAGAAAGAGAAGAAACCAAUGCAGCUGAGAGACAAGACCAUGGGUGAUGACGGGCUUUACGUAACACUGCCUUGCAAUUCCUCUCGGUCGGUGUAUCCUGACAACGAAAUAUCCCAACACAUCCCUUAUUACCAAAAUCAGGCCGGAGGCCUGUUGCCUGGCUAUGCGAGAACGCUACCCACGGGUGCAUACGAUAAGAAUCCCUUUGCAUUCAAACAUUAUGAUUUAGAGUUUCUAGCCGCCUACGUAGACGGUCAGCAAUUCCGCGCUAAACCCCUUCAACCCGAGUAUAGAGAAUGA